CUUGAGUACAUUGAGAAUUUUGCUAUAUAAAGCCAACGCUUUAAAAUUAUCACAAACCCCAGACCAGCUCUUGCUUGGUGGUAUUUGAAGAGUACUUCAACAAAAACUCAACCAUGAGGGUUAUGCGUCUGCUGUUGUUCGUGUUGGUGUUGCUUUUUAUCAGUGAUCUUCACGCUGACGUCGGGGACGACAUGGAAACAGCAACUACUGCUGUAAAGGCCGGGAUUGAGGCUACCAGCGCCAUCGGCGAUAUCGUGGAAGGCGUCAAAGUCCUUGCUAAGAUGUCCAAAUUCCUCGGCAAGAUUGCUCCCUUUUUGGCAGCCAUCGGUCCAAUCAUGGACAUCAUAACGAUGUUUCUUCCCAAACAAGAAGAUCCAACUUUAAAAUAUUUGAAAGAGCAAUUCUCCAAAGUGGACUCGAAUUUCAGAAAUAUGGAGAGACUUUUUGUAGAAGUCAAAAAUCUAGUCAGAGAAAAGGGUCUCAACGCACAGUUUUCAGAAAUUGAACAAAAUAUCCAUGCCUUGUCCUAUCGUCUUCAUAUGUUGAUGACAGCUCCGAAAGAUGCCGUUGAGGGUCAGAAGGCUCGUUUUAUCCAGGCUUUCGAAACCAGUUACCACAGUGCAGCAAAAAAAAUAUACGAUGCUAUAACAAAAGAGAGAGCGUUUACAGACAGUAUUCCAAAAGAAGCAAUGCAAUAUACAAGCAAUGACCGCAAGAAGGUUCAAAAGAUAAUGACUGGAAGUCUCGCCCUUCUUCUUUCAGCUGUUAAAGUCAACUUAGCCUACCUGAAAGUUACAAAGAAAGACGCCAGCUAUGAAAUGGAAAAAACUCAAAUGGAUAAAUUUAUCAGGGAAGCUGCACAGAAAAUCAAAGACGUGGAUACGGAAGUCACUAACAAAUGGACAACCCAAAGAUUCACAGAUUUGAAAGACCUUUCUGCACAAUACAAAGGUGAUAAUCACGGACAAUUUGCAAACCGAUUGUAUUCAUUUUAUACCGAAAAAUAUUACUGGAGAGAAUGGGUCGUUCUUGUAUACAACGAAAUGAAAAAAUCAUGGACAGGGAAGAAUGGACAUAUGUUUAAUCUAUGUGGAGGAGAUGAAUACCUGCAAAAGGACGGUAGAAAUGUAAUAACAUCGAGCGUACCAAAGGAAAAAUCCAAGAUUAACACUAGCCACUACAAAAGUAAAUUGGGAGGAGUUACAACUGAAAAUGUGGUCUGGGGGGUCCAUUAUUGCUGGAGCACAACCAGUGUGCUAGACCAGAUCAAAAAGUUUGCCGGCGGUUCUGAUGUGUGCAUGCGAGCUGUUGUAUCCGAUAGAGAGGGCACAAGCGUAAGUGCCGCGCCUGGUCGCUUAUCUUCCAAAUGGAAAUAUUUCUUUAACAUGUACGUUUUUGGUUGAUGAAAUACACGUCAGCAUGUUAUUGCCGAGUUAAACAGAAUUAAAAUGAUAAAAAAAAUUCAAA